CUCGGCCUCUCUCCCACCACCACGCCUGCACCAGCAUGGGCUUCUUCUCCUCCUCUCCCUCCUCCUCCUCCUCCUCCGCCCCCGUCGCCGGCGAGGGUGGUUCGCUGCCCACGCGUUCCUCGCGCACGGCCUGCUGGGACGCGCGCGAUGCCUACUACGCCUGUCUGACGCAGCGGCACGUCGUCAUUCCGCCGGGCACCGACAUGAGCGACGGGCGCGGGCCCGUGGGCAAGGCGGCCGCGCAGGCGCAGCGCCAGCGCGCAGAGUCGCUCGAGGAGCAGAGACUGGCGGAUCCGUGUGCCAAGCUGCGCGGCCCGUAUGAGGGCAACUGCGCAAAGAGCUGGGUCGACUACUUCAACAAGCGCAGAGUGCUCGAGGAGCGCCAGCGACUCAUGUAUGAGUCGGGCGCGCUGCCGAGUGGCAGUGGAGCGGCGCCGGGCGCUGGGCCGGCGUAGGAAGAGAAUAAGGAGGAAAUGACAUGGUUGAUGCUGCGAGAUAGAGAGAGAGAGAGAGAGAGAAGCGGUGUCGGUCCGUGAGGCGUGGAUUGAGAGGCUCGGUGAAGGGAAGUGAGGGUGCACGCGGGCGGCAAACGCAGAUGAGGACUCUUGUCUUGUGUCGCUCUCUCUCUCUCUCUCUCUCUCUCGCGUGAGCAGCUCAGACGGCGUCUCUGCUCUUCCCUCAUCUCACACGCAGCGUCUACUUUGCCCACGCUGGUUUCAUUGUGCACACCCCUCACUCUCAUUUCUCCGCCUUCUCCGCCAGCACCUUCCUCACCGUGCGCUC